GAGGAGGACAGGUCUCCACAUCUCCAGACAGUCCGACCGACACAUCGAAUCCGACUUUACGCGUAGGGGAGGGCGGCCCCGGCGGCGUGUGCUUGUCUGCUAACGGCUCAAACUUCCUCUGACAGUCUCUUGUUAAUUGGUGACGCGCUGAACAAGACUUUUGGAACAGAAAAAGUGAAACUUACCGCCGUUUUUCCCCCCAUCAGGACAUUGCGCAUUUUUAAAAAUCAGAUGCGACUCUCCAACUCAGAUUGCAACUCGUGCUCAGUAGGUAGAUAUUACAGGAAUUUUUGUUCUUUCUUUGGUAUUUUUGUUUUCUGCUCAAAAGCAGUUCGAUUAAUCAUGUCAGUGAAAUGAAGAGGUCGGCUAAAUGCAACCCGGUAGCGGUAAGAGUCUUAAUGAUCAGAACCAGAGACGCCUAAUGGUCCGAUAAUUGGAAGACGGGAAGACAUCAAAAAAGAGAGAGAAAUAUCGCGUGAGCACAGACUUGUGGGACCCUCCAAGGUGUGUUUGUGCGGACGCCUGCCUCUCACAUCCAGGUGUCCCGCCGAGCGGUGCGCAGUCUCCAGCUCAGGCCGGCUGCGCUGACAUGCUGCCCAAAAUCGAGACUGAAUCUUUGGGACUCACUCGAUCGUAUGGAGAACAGGGGCACAUGCCCAGGAACAUGCAAGCUCCCCAGUUGAAAAUGAUGGACUACUCUUAUGACGAAGACCUGGACGAGAUGUGUCCCGUGUGCGGAGACAAGGUUUCAGGCUAUCACUACGGACUUUUGACCUGUGAGAGUUGCAAGGGCUUCUUCAAGCGCACUGUCCAGAACAACAAGCGUUACACAUGUAUAGAAAACCAGAGCUGCCAGAUUGACAAGACCCAGAGAAAACGCUGCCCGUACUGCCGCUUCCAGAAGUGCCUCACCGUCGGCAUGAAGCUAGAAGCUGUGCGAGCGGACCGUAUGCGUGGUGGUCGCAACAAGUUUGGCCCGAUGUACAAACGUGACAGGGCCCUGAAGCAGCAGAAGAAGGCAUUGAUCCGAGCAAACGGCCUGAAGAUCGAGGCCAUGAGCCAGGUGAUGCAGGCUGUACCCACUGACCUCACAAUCUCCUCCGCCAUCCAGAACAUCCACUCAGCAGCCUCCAAGGGCCUUCCACUGAGCCACCAUGGUGGCCACCACACCAGUCAUCAUCACCACCACCACCACCACCAUCAUCAUGCCACCGCCUUGCCACCUACAGACUAUGACCGCAGCCCAUUUGUUACUUCUCCGGUCAGCAUGGCGAUGCCACCACAUGCUGGCAGUCUGCAAGGCUAUCAAGCAGCCUACGGACACUUCCAGAGCACGCGCACCAUCAAGUCCGAGUACCCAGACCCGUACACCAGCUCGCCAGAGUCCAUCAUGGGCUAUGCUUACGUUGAUGCCUACCAGUCAGGCUCUCCCCCCAGCUUUCCUCACCUCAUUGUAGAGCUGCUAAAGUGUGAACCCGAUGAGCCACAAGUUCAGGCAAAGAUCCUGGCCUAUCUACAGCAAGAGCAGGCCAGCCGGGGUAAACACGAGAAGCUCAACACCUUUGGCUUGAUGUGCAAGAUGGCCGACCAGACGCUCUUCUCCAUUGUGGAGUGGGCACGGAGCAGCAUUUUCUUCCGUGAACUAAAGGUGGAUGACCAGAUGAAGCUACUGCAGAACUGCUGGAGUGAACUCCUUAUCCUCGACCACGUUUUCCGGCAGGUGGUGUACGCCAAAGAGGGCUCCAUCCUGUUGGUCACAGGCCAGCAGGUUGAUUUUGCGGUGAUCGCCUCGCAGGCGGGAGCCACCCUCAAUAAUCUGUUGAGCCACGCUCAAGAGCUGGUAGCCAAACUACGCUCCCUGCAGCUGGACCAACGGGAGUUUGUCUGCCUCAAGUUCCUGGUCCUCUUUAGCCUGGACGUGAAGAACCUGGAGAACUUCCACCUAGUGGAGAGUGUCCAGGAGCAGGUCAACGCAGCGCUGCUGGACUAUGUCAUGUGCAACUAUCCCCAACAAACGGACAAGUUCGGCCAGCUUCUCCUGCGGUUGCCUGAGAUCCGAGCCAUCAGCCUGCAGGCUGAAGAGUACCUGUACUACAAACACCUGAACGGCGACGUGCCCUGCAACAACCUGCUCAUUGAAAUGCUGCAUGCAAAACGAGCCUAGGAGGAGGACCGUCUCCACACCCCGAAGCUGCAGCUGCAAGGACGUGUCUCACGCUGCAGCCCCACCUCAAACAAAGAGAAAAACCAACACGUUGUAACUUAAACCCCAUCUAUGGCUCGGUUAAAUGAGAAGGGAGGAGAGCAGAACGCAUCAGAAACUUUCAUUUGUACUGAGCUCAUUUUUAAGACUCACAUUGUGCAUAAAGACAUCAUUUAGAUCCCAUUAUUGUAUAAAAAGAAACUAAACCCACAAAAAAGGACAUUUGGAGGGAAAAGGACAAAAAACCCAAACAAUAGGCCCUCUAAGUGUUUAAGCGCUGAUUUUAAAGGGUGAAGUGAUGAGAAAUGCAGCUGAAUCCCACCUUUCAGACAGCUCUGUGACUACGGGUCCAGGAGUGUUCUCUCACUGGAACGGGCUUUCAGCUGCCGGUACCGUAAAGUCAGACGGACACACAGCCAGACGGGCAAGAGACUCCGACCCACCAUGAUGUCGCUUUUCUGAACUCUGACGUGACAUCCGCCACCGCAGCUUGACCCAACACAGAUGGAGUACUGCUUGCAAAAAAAUAAUAAAAAUAAAAGGGGACUGCCGACAAUGAACAAAUAAACUAUUAAGAAAAACUUUUUUUCCUGCAUUUGAAGUAAUUUGCUUCUCAUGGUCACCUUGUUGUCCCUGACUCCACAUCCCCAGAAUCAUCCCUAACUGUGUACCUCAGCAAGGCCAGUGUUAGACAAACUUACCAAAUAAAGUCACACAAAUCAUUAUUUCCAGACUUUUUCUUGCAUUUUAAUAAAAAUGUUAUUUUUAAUCGGCUCAUCAAACCUGGAACUAAACAAUGUGUGAUUCUGGAGACGGAGACAGAUCCUCCCGUUUCUCUGAAAAGACCAAACCCUGCUUUUAAAAUCAGGAAGAUAAUUACUAAUAAUUUUAUAAUCAGUGUUAUACGAGGAUAAAACAAUUUUUGUGAUGUCACGGUCAUGUGAGUCUUGCCUUAUCUCAUCACCAUGCUAGCUAACCGCGCAGAUGUGAAUAAGAACAUGUACAAAUAUAUAAAUAUAUAUAUAAAAUAAUGAUGUUGUAAAAAAUAAAAGAGUAAUUCAACAGGUGUUUACAUUCAUGUGGUCCUAUGGGAGAGAACUGUGAUUUACCUUUAAAAAAAGGGGUGAAAUUAACAAAAAGAAAAAAAGGAUUCCUCCUGUUUGUUUUCUUUGGUGUGUGUACAGUGCUCCUUUUUUAUUAUUUGUUUUGAACACAACUUAAAUUAUGUCGUGAGACUCUAAAAUCAAAGAUGACUCAUUAAUUUCUACGUCUGCUGACAUUCAGACAUUUGUUUUAUGAUUUUUCUUUGUAAUGCCCUUUUUAGUUUGUUCUUAUUUCCAACUCUUAACUUUUUGAUGUACAGUACGUCACUGGUUACGCUUCACAAUGAGGAUAACUUCUUGCGUCGCCGGGUCUCCAUCUUUGUGUUACAUGACGUGAGAUGUCCACGCCAGAAUAAAUUGGUUUACUGUAGCAUGCUUUCUGUUCUGUUUCCUGAGUGGUUUUGAGAUGCAGGUCUGCAGCAAAGAUAAGAAAAAGAAAUAAAACUAGUCUUUUAAAUGUCCGUAUGCACGUGUGUACAUUUAAAUGAUUAAUGUGUAAAAUAUCACGUACGUUUGUCUCACCCGGAUCUUUGUUUGCUCUCGAACCAAAGACUGCAUUUUCCCCCUGUGAGCUGUGAUUUCUAAUCUUGUGCCCAAAUAUAACACAACUAGACUCUGUUUCCUUAAAUAUGGCCGCCUCCGUUGUCCGUGUGUACAAUAGUUACUGUUCUAAUCCAGCUGUUUCUUGUCCCGUCUCCCAGGACAACAUGUGAUGUUCAUUGGUUCAUCUUGUCAACAAUUAUUUUAUAAAUAAGUCAUGGAAUGAUCAUAUAUCUGAUGGCAUGUUCAAUGUGCAGAAAAUUCACUUCAGUCCAGCUUCAAGAAGGUGUUUCUGACUCUGGGCAUCUAAGUCAUCUCCUGAUCUGCUUGAAUUCUGCACAGAGGUUCUGCAGAUGCCCUGGACCUCCAGGUGAACUCCACCCCAGUCCUUCAGCUCGUAGCCCUAGAGCCUUCUUUUUGGGGGUCUAGCUAAAUAAAUGACCAGGGGAGACGUGUUUGGUGACUUAAAGGGAAACUGAUAGAAAUGCAAACCCUGUAUGAACAGUAAAUUAUUAGUCUAAGA